AAAAUGUAUCACAAGCGUUUGCUUGAUCAGUUAGUGUCGUCCUCUUCACUUAAACUUAUUUCAAGAUGACUGGCCGCGGAAAGGGAGGUAAAGGAUUGGGAAAAGGAGGAGCUAAACGCCAUCGCAAAGUACUUCGUGACAACAUCCAAGGUAUUACCAAGCCAGCCAUUCGUCGUCUUGCUCGCCGAGGUGGUGUGAAGCGUAUCUCUGGUUUGAUCUACGAGGAAACUCGUGGUGUACUCAAAGUAUUCCUUGAGAACGUCAUUCGUGAUGCUGUUACCUACACCGAACACGCCAAGAGGAAGACAGUUACAGCAAUGGAUGUUGUCUAUGCUCUGAAACGUCAAGGACGUACUCUCUACGGAUUUGGAGGUUAAACGCUUCCCUCAACGAUAAUAAAAACAAUCGGCCCUUUUCAGGG